AUGGCUGCUCAACACAAAGACGAGGCUCAGUUACAGCUCGCAAGAAGCCUGAGCCAUAUUCCAUGGUGUGAACAGUACGAACGUAUGAUAUCGGGCAUGCUCUACGACUCCCUUGUUCCUGGUCUGGAAGCUGCUCGCUUCAGGGCCAGACAUUGGUGCCAUCAAUACAACAACGUCUUUCCGGCCGAUCCAGCGAAGGACAGCUUCGCCACUCUGAUUGCUCGUUGCCAAGCAGAGCUUCCCAAGAUCAUCGGUCAUGUAGGCGAGGACGCCUUCAUCGAACCUCCCUUCUAUGUAGACUAUGGCUGCAAUCUUAGUCUCGGAGAUCGUUUCUACAGCAAUUUCAACUUCACUCUCCUCGAUUGCGGGCUCGUGACUAUCGGCGACAGGGUCAUGAUGGGCCCUAACGUGUCAAUCUAUGCCGCCACCCACGAGACUGAGAUCCAAAGCCGACGAGAUAACAUCGAAUACACCAAGCCAGUGGUGAUCGGCGACGAUUGCUGGAUCGGUGGACAUUCCGUCAUUCUGCCUGGUGUGGAGAUCGGGAAAGGUUGCACGAUUGGUGCGAGUUCUGUAGUCAGCAGAAGCAUCCCUGCUUGGAGCGUAGCUAUGGGAUCGCCUGCGAAAGUCGUCAAGAGUGUGAAGCCUGUCGACGACGUCGGGAAGAGCGCCGAGGCAUUCCAUUGA